AUGGAAGAAGAAACAUGUGAGGUGCGUUCAGAAGAUGAUAAAGCUCUUGCUGAGAAAAGCAAGAAAAGGAUAGUGAAGACACGUGCUCAGGUUGAUGCUUUGGAAAAAUUUUAUGAUGAACACAAAUAUCCUACGGAAUCGAUGAAAUCGCAACUUGCAGAGUCAUUAGGACUGUCAGAAAAGCAAAUUUCUGGAUGGUUUUGCCACAGAAGGUUGAAGGACAAGAGAUUAUUGAAUGGGGAACCAUCUGCAAUCGGGAGACAAGAUCGUUCAAGUGGGAUUAUACAGGAUGGUGGCAGUGGAUUUAAGCAAGACUCCUUAGGUAGCACUAAACUGGGAGAAGAUAGGAUAUUUGACACCAAAGAAGUUGAAAGUGAAAGGUUAGCCGGCCAAGAAUUUUCUGCUGCUGACCUGAGCUCGAAGUACCUAACACCAAAGUUUCCUGUGGAUACGAAGGAUGUUAAAGUUCGGUCUGGCCCAUCAGGUUAUUUAAAAGUGAUAGGUCACGCUGAAAACGCUGCUAUUAUUGCUGUAAAAAAGCAGCUGGGAAGUCAUUACCGGGUAGAUGGUCCGCCACUUUGUAUUGAAUUUGAUCCACUUCCACCUGGUGCAUUUGAGUCUUCAGAGCAGGAACCAGAUAAUGAACCUUAUUAUGCUGGAGAACGAGUUCUUCAGUCCACUCCUGAUGGUCCAAAAAUCCAGAAGUGUCCUAAUUUCAGAGAGGGAUAUGAAUACAAUUACACUGGCUCUCGUGACACUGGCAUGGAUGGAACAAAUUUUAGAAUGAUGCGUGAGUCUGAAAUUUCUGGAAGUUACCUCCAGCAGAAGUUGAAGAUGGAGACUAAUACGUUGGAUCCUAGGAUUAAUUCGCCAGUGCAUUUUCCUGAAGCUUCUAGAAGUUAUAUGCCAGACUAUGACAGUAGAGACAGUUAUCGAAAGAGGCCCCGACAUAGUAUUGAAGUGAUGAGAAUGGAAUCUGUUUCUAGCCAUCCUCAUCUGCAAACCUAUGGUGGGAAAGUGAGAGGGGAAUGGACUGAGCCCUUGUUCAAUAAGUAUAAUGACGUUGGCCCAAAGGUUUCCCGUGGAGGAAACAUUGAAUACACUCCAUCAAAUUUUACCAUUAAGGGAAACGAAUAUCACAAUUCCAAAGACAAAGGAAUGCCAAGAACGAUAAAGGAUGCCGAAGUUUACAGGGAGAGAAUAACGAAUGAAAUUUCUGAGCUGGAUGGAGUUAAAAUUCCCCCGAAGAAUGGAAUGAGUAAUUCAAAAAGAGUUAGAGACGGAUUUUCUCAGCAACUGAAUAGGAAGAAACUGUCUGUGAUAGAUACCCAUCCAUGCACAUAUCAACUCCCAAGGUCUGUGGCUGAGAUUCCGUCUAGUUUUAGUGAAGACGAUGGAGGUGCAGAAACGAGUUCCAUGGAUUGA